CACCACGCCCACAGGCGCUUCCAGAAAAAAGAAAAAAAAGGGAGCAAGGAAGCCAGGUUUUUCAACAACGAAUUCAUUCUAAUGCAGACACCAAAGCCCACUUCAUUUAUUAACAUUCUGGAUAAAAUCCCAAUCGAUUAGGCCACCAGAGCCCUCCAUUCCUAAACUCCCCGUACAGUCAGGUAAAAGCACGAAGCACUAGUCACGGUCCUGCCCAGAAACCACGCAGAGGUGGAAAGUUGCAGACCCCGAGCCGGGAGGGGCGCGAGCCCAUCCUGAAGCCCAGGACCCAGGAGGGCGCUUCCUCCCGGAAGUGACGCGAGCUCAAUCCCGGCCUUGCUCUUCCCAAACAAAAGGGAUCUUGGGGCCCCGGGAGGAGCCUGAAUGACUUUGGAGAAGCCCCGCCUCCAGCCGGCGCGGAUUGGGGCCGAGGCUGGAGAAGCAAGGAGGCGAUUGGCGCUGGUGAAUGCCAAUGCCCCCGCCGGGCGGCUGAGGGGGCGGAGCCUCAGCCGCUGUGGAUGGGGAGUGGAGGCGGAGGGGAGCGGAGCCCGGAGCGUCGUGGAAAGCAUUGGACACAUUUCCACCAUGCUAAUGGCAUUUUAAAUAUAUUUGGCAAUUUUCCCAAUUUUUUACUGAAGAAAACUGUAAGUUUAUACUUGAGGACUGAAGUGUGACUCUGCCGAUUAUCAGGCUUUCAAGAUGAAUCUGGAAAAACUCAGCAAGCCUGAACUCCUGACACUAUUUAGUAUUCUUGAAGGAGAGCUUGAAGCAAGGGACCUUGUUAUAGAAGCCUUAAAGGCCCAACACAGAGAUACUUUCAUUGAAGAACGCUAUGGAAAAUAUAACAUCAGUGAUCCUUUAAUGGCUCUACAGAGAGAUUUUGAAACACUGAAGGAGAAAAAUGAUGGCGAAAAGCAGCCAGUCUGCACAAACCCACUCUCUAUUCUUAAGGUUGUGAUGAAGCAGUGCAAGAACAUGCAGGAGCGCAUGCUGUCCCAGCUGGCUGCUGCUGAGAGCAGGCACCGGAAGGUGAUCCUAGACCUUGAGGAAGAAAGGCAGCGGCAUGCACAGGAUACGGCUGAAGGAGAUGAUGUCACCUACAUGCUAGAGAAGGAAAGAGAGAGGCUGACUCAACAGUUGGAAUUUGAAAAAUCCCAAGUGAAAAAGUUUGAAAAAGAACAGAAGAAGCUCUCUAGUCAGCUGGAAGAGGAGCGCUCCCGCCACAAGCAGCUCUCAUCCAUGCUAGUGCUUGAGUGCAAGAAAGCCACCAACAAGGCAGCCGAGGAAGGACAGAAGGCAGGAGAGCUGAGCCUGAAAUUGGAGAAGGAGAAGAGCCGGGUGAGUAAACUGGAAGAAGAGUUGGCAGCUGAGAGAAAGAGAGGCUUGCAGACUGAGGCCCAGGUAGAGAAGCAGUUAUCAGAGUUUGACAUCGAAAGGGAACAACUGAGAGCAAAACUGAACCGAGAAGAGAACCGGACCAAAACCCUGAAAGAAGAAAUGGAAAGUUUAAAGAAGAUAGUGAAGGACCUAGAGGCUUCCCACCAGCACAGUAGCCCUAAUGAGCAAUUGAAGAAACCAGUAACCGUGUCCAAAGGCACAGCAACUGAGCCUGUCAUGCUAAUGUCUGUGUUUUGCCAAACAGAGAGUUUUCCAGCAGAAAGAACCCAUGGGAGCAACAUAGCCAAGAUGACAAACACCGGGCUGCCUGGUCCUGCCACUCCUGCUUACUCAUAUGCAAAAACCAAUGGCCAUUGUGACCCAGAGAUACAAACUACCAGGGAGCUGACUGCAGGCAACAAUGUAGAAAACCAAGUGCCUCCACGGGAAAAAUCUGCGGCAUUGGCCCAAGAGAAACCAGUGGAGAAUGGUGGGUGUCCUGUGGGGAUUGAGACUCCAGUCCCAAUGCCCAGUCCCCUCCCUUCCAGUGGGAGCUCACUGUCUCCCAGCAGCACUGCCUCCUCCUCUCUAACAUCCUCUCCUUGCUCUUCGCCGGUACUCACUAAGCGUUUAUUGGGGUCAUCAGCUAGCAGCCCUGGCUACCAGUCAUCCUACCAAGUAGGGAUCAACCAACGGUUCCAUGCAGCUCGCCACAAAUUUCAGUCCCAAGCAGAUCAGGACCAACAAGCCAGUGGCCUACAGAGCCCUCCAUCCAGGGAUUUAUCCCCCACCCUCAUAGACAACUCUGCCGCCAAGCAGCUGGCCCGAAACACAGUCACUCAGGUGCUCUCCAGAUUCACUAGCCAACAAGGGCCAAUCAAGCCAGUCUCUCCCAACAGCUCUCCCUUUGGCACAGACUAUCGAAAUCUGGCCAACACUGCCAAUCCAAGAGGUGACACAAGCCAUUCACCUACUCCAGGGAAAGUGUCCAGUCCCCUGAGCCCCCUGUCUCCAGGAAUCAAGUCCCCAACCAUCCCCAGAGCUGAGAGAGGAAACCCUCCACCCAUCCCACCCAAGAAACCUGGCCUCACCCCUUCUCCAUCUGCUACCACUCCAUUGACCAAAACUCAUUCCCAGGCAGCCUCUUUGACCACUGCAGAAGACCUUGCCAGCAGCUGCUCUUCCAAUAGUGUUGUAGCAAAUGGUAAGGAUGUUGAGUUACUUUUGCCUACCAGCAGCUAGUCCCUAGGAGGGAGUCUCCACGUUUGACAUUCCAUCAGAUUUCGUCCAAAAGCUCAGUCAGACUUCUGAGUCAGAUUAUGUUAUUUAUUUUGAUAGUAGCUGAAACCAUCUGUAUAAUACAUUUAGUAUAUUUCACCAUUUUGUAUUUUUUUAAGUAGAAACUGAGUAGUUUGGAUUUUUAUGGCUCACAUCUUUUUACUGAAGCCAGAAAGGCACCUCAAAGAUGUCUCAAGCUCAGCAGUCACCGUCAUGUUGUGAUGAAGAAAGCGAAUCACCAGGUGGUGAUUUGCUAUCUAUUUGAGAACUAGAAUCACUCAACACUCAUUUUGAAUUAUGCAGAAGUGGUUCAUGCAGAUUUUUAUUCCAGAUGAACAUGUUUUAAAAGUGCCUGAAAUAUGACUGCCAUAUGAAUGUGAUUCUGCAGCAAAAAACACAAAAUAGAUCAUUUAAUUACAGAAAAUGAGAUCCUCUGCGAAUUCUGAAUGUUAAAAACCAACACUGCUUUUAAUCCUCUUUUAAUGUUUUAAUACAAGCUUUGUGUUCUGAAACAAGGCUGCAUAAGUAGAAUGGGAAUCCUUCUAAAGGUGGGUGUGAACUCACCACAAGCUGAGCUUUAUAGAGCCCUUGAGAAACCCUCCUGAGCACUAAGCAGUUGGGGUGCUGAUUUUCUUGUACUUUUGAAAAAUUAAGUCACUCCCAGUUUCCUGCAUAAGUUCUUGAACAGAAUGAAAUCACAUCUCCAUUCAAAAAAUGUCUCAAGCAUCUACUGUUGUGUAAGGAACUUCUGAUUCUGAUUGCUGUUACUUGAAUAGGAAAUGGUUACUCAUUCUGUAUAAAAGUUUUGCAAGAGAAUGAAUUUUUUAUUCUGUAAUCAAAAAGCAAUAACUUGAAAUUCACUCUGUAAUAUUAUAGGUCAGAAUUAUACAAGUUUUACCAAAUUGUUACACUUAUUCUCCAAGCUGCCAGAACCUGGUAUCUGUAUCUGUAAAACCAAAUUAACUUUUGCUUAAAUGGGAAGUAUACAUAUAUCUGUAUAGAUACAUUACCCCUUUACAUGUUUAACAUACACACACUUAAGCACAUAAAUAUUAGUGUGAUUAUAUCUUUGGAGUUUGCAAUAUAGCAUAAAGGACAAGUAGAACUGCACAUUAAGAUUACCUACCGAAGCAACUAGAUGUGGCUGGGACGCAAUCAAAGGAGGAAUUUUGUCCACAGGAAGGUGAGGAAAUUCCAAAUGAAGCCUAGAUCUUCAGUAUCAUAAAAAGGCAGAGCUGGCCAGGCACAGUGGCUCAUGCCUGUAAUCUUAUCACUUUGGGAGGCUGAGAUGGGAGGAUCUCUUGAGACCAGGUGUUCAAGACCAGCCUCAUCAACAUAGUGAGACCCCAUCUCUAUUAAAAAAAUAAAUAGGCAGAGCUAAACUAACCCCAGUGUCACAAAACUCAACUGGUCAUAUAAAUGAGUGAAACAGGCCUCUCACACAAGCGAUGUAAAACAGCUGGGAGCAGUGGGAGCUGUAGCAAACUAAAGUGCCCAAGCCGCAUUUUAAAAGGGCAUCUGUUCAGCUCCAUCUGCUUGCUGUGGUGCAAGAAUGCUAAACCAGGAUUACCAGUUCUUCACAUUUUUUGAAAUCCAAAUUUUCAUGAGAAACAUUCUCAUUUUUAAAUAUCAAGAACUGAUUUUAAAAUGUUUAAAUGGUGCUGGUUAAACAAACACUUCUGCAGCUGGAUUUAGCUUGCAAGCUGCCAAGUUGCAACCUCUUUCAUUCUAGAAACUUCUGUCAUUUUCAUCAUAGCAAGUCUAUGCGGACAAAAGCCUCCAAACUUUCCAACUGUGUAGGCCAGUACAGCUGGCAAGGUUCAUAGAAUAUAAUGGCUAUCCCCCUCUGCCAAAUAAGACUAUCCACAACCCAGCUCAGACACAGUGGUUAUAUGAUUUUGUGUCCAUACAGGAGAGGCCUUGGUGUCUUCACAUACAUUCUCUGAGCCAACAUCUAUCCAGCAGCCCUGACCUCCUGCUAUAAUUUAAGUCUAUUUCCUUUUAAUCUAAUAAGAGUUGAUAGUAAAAAGGCAGGUGAUGGAAAUCAGUGUAUAAAUCACAAUGGAGUAUAUUGGCAACUCCACAGCUUAUAGUUUGAUAAAGGCAAAUACAUGAAAAAUAAAAAUGCUACUAAUGCCCCAAGGUGUCUAUCAAAAUGAUGUAGGGGGUAUCUUAAACUGUCCAAGGCAAUCAUGCAUUGAACUUUAUUCCUAUGCAGAGCCAAAACGAAUAGUGUUGAUAAAAUAGCUAAACUUUCUAAACUGGAGAGGAGGCUACAGUGCCAGAGAGUUAUUGUCUCUUUUGCUUUAAAUGGUAAUCUUGAAAGUUGCAUUGUGCUCUUCCUUUGUUUUGGGAUAGAUAUAUAUAGAGAGAGAUACUAUAAGGAAGUUUAUUUCUUAGGAAGUGCACUGAAUAAUGUAUUUCUUUUACAGUGUAAUAUGGGGGUGGGGAUAUGCGAAAGAAAUGUGUAUUUUUGCUAGUUGCCUACCUUCUGAGAUAAAUAAGCACAAUCUUGCAAUGGAUCCAAUAACCCAGUUAGGUAUUAUAGAUUAGUAUUUAAGUUUGCGUAGAUUGUGUGUGUGUGUGCUAAGUAAAAGUUCCAUGAUUCACAAUUUUAGUAUUAACCCAUGUUGCAAAAGCUGUUACUGGCCAACAGAUUGUAAUGAUGUGUACCAUAUAACACAAGCAUUAACUAGGCAUUAACGUUUGUAAAGCCAAAUAUACCAUGCAGAAGUCUUCAUUUUUAUAGCAGACUACAUUAAAACAAGUUAAAUCUUGC